UUUUUCGUCGAAAACAAAGAUUAUCUUUUAACAAAGAAGCAAGUAUUGCUAAAGCUAUCAAGUACAUUAAAAUGUACGAAAAAGCUGGAAUUCCCAAAGAACGUAUAUUAAUUAAGUUAGUUUCUACUUGGGAGGGUAUUCAAGCAGCUAAAGUUUUGGAACAAGAACAUGGUAUACAUUGUAACUUAACUUUAUUAUUCUCUCUUUAUCAAGCCAUUGCUUGUGCUGAGUCUGAUGUUACAUUAAUAUUUUCAUUUGUGGGUCGUAUUUUCGAUUGGCAUGUAGUAAACACAAAUAACAAAAGUUUUGAAACCUUAAAUGAUCCAGGUGUCCAAUCAGUAACCAAGAUAUACAAUUAUUUUAAAAAAUUCAACUAUAAAACAGUUGUGAUGGGUGCAUCAUUCCGUAAUAUUGUACGUAAUGCAAGCUCUUGCAAGCAGUCCAACACGUCGGACGGAAGUUGA